AUGAGAAUCUUGAAAUUAAAAAGUGAAAAAAAAAAAAAAGAAAAAUCUAAGGAAACUAAAAUAGAUUACCAAAAAUGUAUUAAAAAAACAAAAAUAAAGAAUAAAAAAAUUGAAAAAGAAAAUGAAUUUGAUAUUUCUAUAUUUAUGAAAACAAAUCAUGCUUCAAAUAAAAUACGUCAGUUAAAUUAUGCAAAAUUAAUUAAAUCAAUAAGGAAAAAUAAAAAUAUAAUUCAUAAUCAUAUAGAAAAAAUUAUAGAAAUAUACGGAAUUGGUAUUAUAGAUGAAGAUAAAAAUAUAAGAAAUUAUUCUUCUAAAAUAUUUUAUCAUUUAUUAAAUAAUGUCAAUUAUGAUGUAUUUUUUGGUAAAAUUAAAACAUCUUUAUUUCAUUCAUUAAAAAUAGAAAAACCUUCUUUAAAAGUUUUAAAUUUAGAAUUGUGUCAUCACUUUUUUUUUGAAAAAAUUAGAUAUUGUAAUAACUUCUUCUAUGAAUUUUUAAAUAAUGUUUUAGAAUGUUUCCUAUCUCUUUCGAUUGAGAAUCAAACAAAAAGUAUAAAAUAUAUUUUUUUGUUAUUUAAGUAUAAGGUUAAAUAUAAAAGAGAUAUUUUAAUAGACGGAAAGGAAGAGAAAUCUAGGUAUAUCAAUGAGAAUGAAAUUAAAAGCAGUUUUAAAAAAGAUAAAUAUGUAAAUAAGAAAAUUAUUAAUGAAGGGGAUUUUACUGGUUCAAUAAAUAUGAAAGAAGAUACAGAAAGAAAUUUUAUGAAUAAUGAAGAAAAUAUAGACAAUAGUGAUGAUUAUCAAAAAAUAAUUCAUAAUAAUAUGUUAAAUAGUUACAAUGAUAAUUUUUUAAUUAAAAAGGAUAUUAAAAUUACUGUUGAAAAACAUACUAAAAUAGUAAUUUAUACCAAACUAUUUAAAUGCUUAUAUAAUUUCAUGGAUGAAGUAAUUUAUAACUCAAUUAAUGUUGAUUUUGUACAUUUAUAUAAAAAAAUAAUAAAAACUAUAAUUUUUGUAAUAAAAAAAAAAAUUUUUUUAAAAACAGAAAUGAUUUUGUUAAUUAACAAAUUUAUAAAAAGAUCAAUUAAAUUAAUAAACGAGAAUUUGUUACAUUUAAAAAAUUGGAAAAUUUUGAAUUUAAUUUAUUAUCUUAUUGUAUUAGUUGUACUUUUAUGCUUAAAAGAAAUAAAAUUUGUUCAAAUUGAAAAAAAAAAAUUACACAUGAAUCUUUUACUUUUAUUAAAAUAUUGUUUUACAAUUUACUACUACAUCCUUGUGAAAUUUGAAUUUUUUACAAUAAAAUUUAAAAGAAAAGAAAUAAAAGAAAAAAAUGAUAUAAUAAAUGAAAAUAAGAAAACACACAUAUUAAAUGACAUUAAUAGUGAUACUGAAUAUGGUGAAACAAAGUACAACAGUAAUAACUACAGUGAUAAUAAUAAUAACAGAAAUAAUAAUAAUAAUAAUAAUAAUGAAAAUAAAAAUUACAUAAAAUAUGCAAAAAAAUAUUUUAAUAUAUUAAUAUAUUUUUAUCAAAUUUAUAUAAAUAAAAGAAAUAAAAGAAGUUUUUUAAAUAUUAAUAUAUCAACUGGAAUAUUGAAUUCACAAAAUUCAGAAAUUGACGAAAAGGAUAAUUCUAUACAAAAUAUAAUAAAUUUAAUUGAAAAUAAUAAAAAUAUUUUUUUUAAUAAUGAAACAAAAAUUAUUAAUAACAUUAUUUUAAAAUAUUUGAAAAAUUUUUCUGAAAAAAGUAUAGAAGAAAUAAUUUAUUUUUGUUAUUAUAUAAUUAUUCUUGUACAAAAUAGAAAUGAUCAAGAUGGCAAUAAUGAAAAAUUUUUCAUUGAAAAGUUACUUUUUACAAAAAAAAUGAAUAAAACUAAUAAAAAUAAUAUGAAUGUAUUAUUAUUAUUUCAGUUCCUAACCAUUCCUUUUGUCUUUUUAUUUCUUAUAGAUUCCAAUAACUUUAUAAAUAAUAAUUUUUUCAAUAAUUUUUAUAAAUCUUUUAAUGAAGAAAAAAAGAAUAUAAUGGAUACCAUUUUCUUUUUACAAAAUGAAGAAUCCAUUAAUAUAAUUACCAACAGAACAUUUGAUAAUUUUAUAAAUAAUAUACUAUUUUUUUUGUAUAAUUAUAAUGAGGAAUUUUUUGUGAAUAAUUUCUUAUUCUUCUUUUGCCAUUUAAAUAAUAAUAACAAAGUAAAAAAAAUUUAUACUAAUUUUAGAAAUGAAGAAAACAGAAAUGAAUUACAUAGUCUUUUAAGAUCGGAUAUUAGAAAUGAUUUAUACAAAAGAAUAAAUGAAACAAAAAAAAAUUUAAUUCAUUUCUUUUUGAAUCAAAAUAAUUUUAAUAUAUUAUCUUUUGAAAUAAUUAAAAAUUUAUAUUUUUUAUAUGAGCAUAAUAACUCUAAACUUUUACUAUUUAUUUAUUAUAUAAUUAUCAAGUUCAGUUUUUUUAAAUCAAAGAACGAUUUAUUAGAGAAGGAAGUGAUGAUUAUUCUUCAUAAGAUAUUUUCUGCAAAAAAAAGAGAUUCUUAUAAAAUUAAAGAUAAAAUUAGGAAUAUUAAAAAUACAAAUAAUGAUUAUAUUGAAAUAUGUAAAAAAAAAUGUAUGUUCAUUAUAAAUAAUGAAUAUUUAUAUAAAGAUGAUUUUUUAUUCUUUUUUUUAAAAUUAAAUAUACAGGAAACAUAUAUUAUUUAUGAAAAUCAUGUUCAUUCAUUAAUUAAUUUGAAAUCAUUAAUGAAUAAUAGUAAUGAUGAUAAUGUAUACAAAUGGGAUAAAAUAAAAUGUAACAAUAUUAUUUUGAUUAUAAAAAAAAUUUCUUAUAUUAUUUCAAAUAUAAAAAUAUUUAUUUUAAAAAAUAAUAAAAGUGUUAAUAAUAAUUACAUAUUAAUUAAUUACUUAUUAAGAAUUUUUAAGGAAGUAAAAUUAAAUGAUAGUUCAAACGACAACAUAUUUAUAUUAAUUAAAAUAAUUUUAUUAUUUUAUUUUACUUCCUUUUAUUUAUCUGAAUCCCUUUUUUUAAAAAUUGAUAACAUUUGUGAGGAAAAAGUAGAAGAUGAUAAAUGUGAGAUAAGUUUAAAGAGAAAAAUAGAUAAUAAAAAUAUCGUAAAUUUUAUACCAAGUAAAAAAAAAAUGAAAAAGAGAAAGAUUAAUGUAGUAUCCGUGAAUAAAAAUAAUGAAGAGAAAAUAGAUGAAAACAAUUUAAAAAUGAAUAUAAAUAUAUUUUCAAAAGAAGAAAAAGUAGAAAAACGAACCAUUUUUUAUAGUGAUAUUUUUUAUAAUAAAAUUGAUAUAUUAAUUCUCAUCUCAUUUUUGAAAAAGUCUUUCAAUAACUUUGUUAAUAUAAAAAAAAAUAGUAAAAUAAAUAAUUUAGAAUAUAUAUUACCAUACUUUUUUUCUAGAAAAAUUUUCAGUUUAUUUUUAGAAAGAGAAUUUUUCUACUUAUCUUUAAUUAAUAAAAACUUAGAAAACAUAAAGUGUGUUAAUAAUAGUUAUGAUAUAAGAACACACAAAUACGUUCAAGAAAUGUUAGAUGAGUUUGAAAAUAAUAUAAAAUUUGUUAGUUUUGAAAAAUUAAUUAAUUUGCCUGUAAGAACAAUUAUAAAAUUAUUUUGCAUUUCUAUUUUUAAAAUGGCAGCUAAUAAAAAUAUUUUGUAUGUAACAUUUUCAAAUAAUUUACAAAAUUUACCAAGAGAAUAUUUUUAUCACUUAAAUUUUUUUUUAUAUUUUUAUUAUUUUAUAUCUUUUUUAAUUAAAAAAAUUUGUAAUUUUGCCAAGGAUUCUUUUUCUUUUUCAAAUUAUUAUUCCAUAUCUUUUUUAAUAGAUACCAUUUUAUGUUCAUACUGUAUUAAAGAAGAAGUAGAAAAAGUUAUGGUUUUGUUUGAAAGAGAAGAAAUAUAUGUAAAAACAAAAAAGAAAUUAAAAAAAUUAAAUAAAAAAUUAAAUAAUGUUAUUGAUAAUAUUUCGAAAUAUGAAAAUAAAAAUUUUUUCCCCAAUACAGAAUUUAUAAAAAAUUAUUUUUAA